GUCUGUUCCGAAACUGGCUCAAAGUUUCAAAUGACCUGAUCACCGUAAAAUCCAAACAUUCGUUGGGUCGGCCAUUGAUGUUUUCAUGCAAUCAUGGCAUGCUACUGCUGGAGAGGAUAAGUGGGUAUCUUAAGUGGCUAGCUCGCUAGCUUACAUCAGCUGCUUUCAUUUGGAGAAGUGACACCGAGACAGGUAGCGAACUAACUUUGCGUGAUUAGCAGAACUCGGAGAACCUGGGGCGACUAUGGGUGCGGAGAGCAGCGCUCUGCGGGGCUGCGUGCUGCAGGAACCGUUGUUAACCCUGCCCUCCGGCCUCACUAUGUACUCCGCCCUGCUCCACGAUGGCAAGCCGGCAUCUGUGUUCGUUCACAAGCAGGGCAACGAAGACAAAGUCAACAAAGCCGCCAAGCACCUGAAGACCCUGAGGCACCCGUGUUUGCUGCGUUUCUUGUCCUGUUCGGUGCAGGACGGAGGCAUUCAUCUGGUGACGGAGCGGGUGCAGCCGCUGGAGCUGCUGUUGGACUCUCUGACUCCGGAGGAGAUCUGCGCUGGCAUCUACGACCUGCUGCAGGCACUGGUCUUCCUGCAUGACAGGGGCAAAUCCAGUCACAACAAUGUGUGUGUGUCUUCAGUCUUUGUCAGUGAAGACGGUCACUGGAAACUGGGAGGAAUGGAAACAGUGUGCAAGUUUUCAGAAGCAACACCAGAGUUUCUCAGUAGCCUUCAGACUGUCAGAGAGAAGACUGGCAUUCCUCCAGAGGAAUCGGACGAAGGUUUCAAAACUCUUCCCGAAAAGUACGCCCACUCAAGAGAUGCGUUUUCCUUUGGAGUGAUGCUGGAGGCUUUGAUUCCUUUGCUGAAUGGGUACGUGUCUGAGGAAUUGUCUGAGAGUUUGAAAAGCACGCUGCAGGUCAGCCUGUUGACCCCUGACCCACAGUCCCGCCCGUCCCUGAGCAGUCUGCUGACUCAUGAGUUUUUCAGGAAUGACUUUCUGGAGGUUGUGAAUUUUCUGAAGAGCUUGACGCUGAAAACGGAGGACGAAAAGAAUGAGUUCUUUAAGUUUCUGCUGGACCGGGUCCAGAACCUCCCUGAGGAGCUAAUUGCUGCGCGUUUAGUCCCAGAGCUUCUCAACUCUCUGGUUUUUGCUGAGCCCACUGCUGUGAAAAGCUUCCUCCCCCACCUCCUCAGGCCCAAGCAGGACUCGGGAGUGAGCGGCGGUGGUGGGGAGGAGUGUCUCCUGUCUGUGUCUCUCUAUCGGAAGCACGUCAUUCCUCAGCUCCUCAAACUAUUCAGAGUCAACGAGGAACACGUCAGGAUGGUGCUUCUGUCCUACAUCCACAUUUACGCCGAGUUCUUCUCUUACGACGAACUUAAGAACCAAGUCCUACCUCAGGUUUUGCUUGGAAUGAGGGACACUAAUGAUUCCCUGGUUGCCAUGACGCUCCAGAGCCUGGCUGUAUUGGUUCCGUUGCUAGGCGCACAAGUAGUUGUCGGAGGAGAGAGGACCAAGGUCUUUAAAAGGACAACGCCAAGCUUCACGAAGUCGACAGAAGUCACGCCCGAGACGUCUCCUGUUCACGUCGCUGGAGUGACACAUGCUCACGUAUCCCAGCCCUCCAAGGCAUUGAACCAGUUCCCCAAACCCACUGCACACAGAGAGCUGGUCUUACAGACCAUGCAGUCUCUACAGCCAACCAGAGAGGCUUCAGAGAUACACCCAACGACAAUAAAACCAGCUCUGAGCCAAGACAUGGUUUUGCCUUUGAACGGGUUCAGUGGAAGAAGACAAGAAGAGGAGAGAGAGGCCUCGAAAAGCGGAGGCAGAACAGAGCACCCCGCCGAGGACUGGCCCGACUGGAGCGACACAGAGGACCAGAGUCAGUCGGUCCAGAUCCAGAUCCGACCCGCAGACAGCCAGGAGCAGAGCGCCUCUGGAGCUCCAGAUGCAAUGGCCGACGUCGCCGAAGAGCCGUGGGAGGAUUUCGAAGAUUCGGAGGUGGCGUCAGACCAGUCGCCCACUACCCUAGCGCCAACUCCGCUACCUCCAAAGACUCUGAGGGAGGACACCGCACAGUCCAAGUCAGAGCCUCCCUCUGGAACCCAGAGGCCCUCCAAAGCCCUCAAACUAGGCUCUGCCUUAAAAGCAGCCCCACAGAAGAAGGAGAACCAGACGUCCUGGAACACGGGCUGGGAGAAGGCGGAGGACGAUCCAAAACCCCACAAACAAAACCCGGCGCCUGAGCCCAAAGCCAAACCUUCACGUAAAGGAGGAGGGACUGGGGGGUUGGGCGAGGAGUUCACCAUCGAGGUGAAAAAGAAGCCAGAGAAAGAUCCGGAAAUGGAUUUCUUUGCUGACAUGGUCCCCGAAAUCAAGCUGUCCUCCUCGACAGCUUUGCUGCUGUCGCUAGAGAGCUCAGACGGCGACGCUAAAGAAAUUACGCCUGUGCUUACCGAGCACACUGAGCCGACAGAGUCAUCGAAAGGGACACUAACUCUUGCCAACAAGUUUGCUGCUCCAGACGUCACAGAGACGGAAGCAGAUGGUUGGGGUGAUGGAGAUGACCUUGGCUGGGAGGAUGAAAAUGCUUGGUGAUGGAACCUUGACUUUUUUUUUUUUUUUUACAAAGCCAUACAGGGGGUUAAGCUAGAAUCCUGGAACGAUUCACUUAUUGUUCCCAUUCUCAAGUAGCUCUGAAGACCUUAAACUACC